AUGACUUAUCCUUUGAGUGACAACUUUUGCUCCAGGUUUAACUGCUCAAAGCCAGGCCUGCCUUAUGCUGUUGGCGCGGUGUUUACAGUUCGCUCACAUAGGCCUCCUUCACCCACAAGCACAAGUUACGAUUGCUCGCUCACCUCUGAAGCUGCAUAUGAGAGAGAAUCAUUGCACCCUUUGGAUCGUUGUAUCAAACACCCCCCUCUUGCUGGAUCAGAUGGGCCAACAACUGCUGAAUUGAAGAUAGAUGGGGCUGUCAGAAUUGGAGAUAAUCACAGUGCUCAGCUAGUUACUGUUCAAAUCCUACAUACUUCACCUCCGAAGAUGCUGCCAACAGACACAAAUCUCCUUGCCAAGAUCUAUGACCCUCUCUACUUUGAUCAUGAACAAGAUGAUGUAGACCCUUUCCUUUGUGUUGACCGCGAUUAUGCACGUGAGACUGCCGCCUACCUCGCACUCCCUCAGCUCUAUGGGACUGUCAUACCAAAUUACUUCGGCUCAUAUACGCUUCAGUGGCCAAUUGAUGGAACUACCACGCGCUUGGUUCGACUGAUCCUAAUUGAGCUUGUUUCUGGGACAUCUAUGCAGCAACUGAGUCCCAUGAAAUUCUCGCAGAGAGAUCGUCAGGCUAUUAUAAAGGCUAUAAUUGAUGCUGAAACAUUGCUCUACACAUGUAAUGUCCGGCAUGGGGACAUACAUCCGCGGAACAUACUCUUACAGAACACAGCCAAAACUUGGAAGAUAACAAUCAUUGAUUUUGGGAAAGCAAGACUUGGGAGGACGCCAUAUCCAGAAGAGGAGCAACGAUAUCUCCCUGAAGUUUCAAUUUCACCGCUGCUCCGCUGGAAUAAGGCUUGGGGGUUUUGGCAUGUCUUUGAUGCCUGGGUUGAUUGGGACUGGCAAUCUUGGCUUGAGGAUGUAUAUGAGGAUACAACAGCUUCGAUCACAGAUCACAUGAGGUCGGUCUGGCUACCAUCUAUUCUGACUCAACCUCUAGAGCCAUUGCCGGAUUUUUAA